UUUGUGUGAACAUUAGUAUUGCAUUGUCCUCUCACAAGAUGGCACGCUCUGUUGCUCUACUGUUAUUAGUGUGUUCGUUGAUCGUAUCAACUUUCGCAGCACCGACUUGGUUUCAUAGAUACCAUCAACAUCCACGUUCUCAUCAUCAAAUAUUUCCAAUACUUCAUCAACUAUUUUCACACGAUCAUCAACCAUAUCCACAUGAUCAACCAUAUCCACAUCAUCACCCAUAUCCACAUCAUCAUGGUCAUAAUAUUCCGCAUCCCUGUAAUUGUGAAGUUCCAGCUCGACCUGCACCCACCGUAUCACCUGUUGCUGCCUCGACUGUUCCGCCGCCUACCGUAUUAAGUACUGCUGCCACGACUGUACCGCCGCCUACCGUAUCAAGCACUGCUGCCACGACUGUACCGGCGCCCACAGUAUCAAGUACUGCUGCCACGACUGUACCGGUGCCCACAGAAAAAAGCAAUGCUGCCCCGACUGUACCGAUGCCCACAGGCUCUGCUAGUAACAAUAAUGUUACAUUAGAAAACAAUAUUGGCAAUGGAGGAAAUUCCUACGGAAAUGGUAAUGCUGGAAAUGGUGGCAACUUCGAUAACCUUAAUGUUGGAGGUAGGAAGUAAACGGUACUCACAAACGUCAACAAAAGAAGCGUAGGUGCCCGAAGACGAGUGCAAUAUAAUACACAUGACUAGUUACAGCACAGUCAUAAUCCUGGGUAUGCUAACACAGCCAUUAUAGCGAAAUGAGAAAGUUAACCUUGCCCUUGAAGCUUAAAGAGGAGGUAAAUGCCAUUUUGGUUACAGCAGUCACUGGUAAUUACCGUAAAAGUGAGGAUAGUAAGCACCCCUCCACCAGCGACCAUGUGCCCGCCACCAAAAUAAUCUAAAUAUUCAGUAACUCUUUCUAAUUUAUUUAAAAGACAAUUAUUUUAGUUCUCGACUUUAAGUUUGUUUUUUGUAUUGUGGUUCACUUUCAAAGUCGUGUUUUGGCGAAAAUGUCACAAUAACGAUGAAUAAGUAUGGAUUGUUGCAUAUAUAGUGUUAGUGUUUUUAAUAUAGUGUACAAUAAGUAGAUAAUGAACAGCAUGUUCAUCUACAUCCAAUGAUAGAUUAACAGAAACUUCUGAUAGUAGUUAGUUCUCAAGUGUUUCAAUUUUAAUUAAAUCAAUAUAAUCAUUCA